GUGUUUCUUCUCCUCAUUCGUUCCUGGCAGAGUGACUGAACUCUUCCUCUCAGCCAGCGAGGAGUCCAACAUGGACACUUUUUUCCGCCGUCACUUUAAGAGGAAGGACACCGCUCUGCAGGCUGGCGCUGAGGCGUUGCCAUGCAACCAGCGGCGGCCCAGCGUCGCCGUGCCGACCAGCAAGGCCCGGCGCCGCUCCAACGCCGGGCUGCCGUCCUGCACGCUGGCGCAGCGGCGCCGCUCCAGCGUGGUGCAGCUACAGGGCUCGGCGCCGCUGUGCGCGGGCGGCGGGCGUCUGGCGAAGAGCGCCGGGCACAGCAGGUGGGCGGGCCACGUGCGGCGGCGCUCCAGCACCACCACGCCAAGCCUCAACCCCCGGUUCGCCGUGCGACGCAAGAAAGUCGGGAAGCUGCGUACCAUCGACACGCACCUGCUGGGCCCGUCCAUGCUGCUCGCCAGCCUGAUCCAGAUGGCCGAGGAAGACGAGGAGAAGGACGAAGACGAAGAAGACGAAGAAGAGGAGGAAGAGGAGCCAACCCGGGAGCAGCAGGUGGAGGUGAGGGGCGGGGCUAACAGCCGGGGGAUGUUUUCCCGCUCCAGCAGCAUCCAAUCAGACGCCAGCAGCGGUUACUCUGAGCGAUCGGAUGCCGGCCGGCUGUCGGAGGCUGAGGACGACUGCGAUGACAUCACAUCCUGCCCUCUGGAUCAGCCCCCCCUCCCCCCACCGUCCGCCGGCGCCCUGGAGGUGGUGCGAGGAACCGUGCAGCCUCAGUCGCCUCCGUCGGCGCCACGGUCGCUCAUCCGAACGCCGCGCUGCCUGCGUAGGAACUCGUCCCAGGCGCUGGCCGGCGACGCAGCGCCCUACGGCCGGCGCCGCAUCGCCUCCAGUCAGCGGAAGAGGCGCCGGAUCUCCACCAUCUCCAAGGCCGGCAGCCCGUGGCCAGGGAGAGGCGCCCCGCUGCCCAACCGCAAGAGCUCCGCCUACUUCCUGCAGCAGCCGGCCCUGUGCGGCGCGCUCGGCCCGCUGGGCCCCCUGGGCGCCCGCGGCUACGACUGCCAGCUGGAGAGCUGGAGCAGCUUCCUGCUGAAAGCCAUGGCGAAGUCGGGCCUGCAGCCCGGCACGGCGGCGCUGCCCAACGCGGCGGUGGCGUCCGGGCCGAGCGACACGGCGCCGGAGCUCAGCAGCACCGUGGACUGGAGCGACAACGCCGUGUUCGGCGACCACGUGUGGUUCGAGACCAGCGGCUCCGGAGACUUCUGUUACGUUGGAGAGCAGUACUGCAUCGCCAAGUCCCUGCAAAAGUCCGUGGCGAGGAAGAAAUGUGCAGGGUGUAAGAUCUCGGUCCACACCAUGUGCAUGGAGCAGCUAGAGAAGAUCAAUUUCAGGUGCAAGCCGUCUUUCAGAGAACCGGGAUCUCGAGCCGUUCGAGAGUCCAACGUUGUGCGUCACCACUGGGUGCACCGGAGGCGUCAGACAGGGAAGUGUCGACAGUGUGGGAAGGGAUUUCAACAGAAGUUUUCAUUCCACAGCAAAGAGAUCGUUGCCAUCAGCUGCUCGUGGUGCAAGCAGGCGUACCACAACAAGGUGACGUGCUUCAUGCUGCAGCAGAUCGAGGAGUGCUGCUCUCUGGGAGCUCACGCUGCCGUCAUCAUCCCCCCCACCUGGAUCCUCAGGGUCCGCAGAGCACAGACGUCUCUGAAGUCCAGUAAAAAGAAGAAAAGGACGUCGCUGAAAUGCAACAAGUCGAGCAAGAAAGGAUCCGAGGUCCAAGAUGGCCGCUGGAAGCCCUUCCUGGUGAAGCCCCUCCCCUCUCAGCUCAUGAAGCCGCUGCUGGUGUUCGUGAACCCGAAGAGCGGAGGAAACCAGGGAGCCAAGAUCAUCCAGUCCUUCAUGUGGUACCUGAACCCCCGGCAGGUGUUUGACCUGACGAAGGGCGGACCCAGAGAGGGGUUGGAGCUGUACGCCAAGGUGCCCAACCUGAGGAUCCUGGCAUGCGGAGGGGACGGGACAGUGGGCUGGAUCUUGUCUGUGUUGGAUGAGUUGAAGAUAAACCCUGCCCCUCCAGUAGGAAUCCUCCCUCUGGGGACCGGCAACGACCUGGCCCGGACUCUCAACUGGGGAGGGGGUUACACAGACGAGCCGAUAACCAAGAUCCUCUCGCACGUGGAGGACGGGAACAUCAUGCAGCUGGACCGCUGGAACCUGGACGUGGAGGCCAAUCCCGAGGCCCGGCCAGAGGACCGGGACGAACAUCAGACAGACAAGCUUCCUAUCGACGUCUUCAACAACUACUUCAGUCUGGGCUUCGAUGCUCACGUCACGCUGGGCUUCCACGAAUCCAGAGAGGCCAACCCCGAGAAGUUCAACAGCCGCUUCAGGAAUAAGAUGUUCUAUGCAGGGACGGCCUUCUCAGACUUCCUGAGCCGGAGCUCCAAAGAUCUGGCCAAGCACAUCCGAGUGGUGUGUGACGGCACCGACUUGACGGCCAAAGUCCAGGAUCUGAAGUUACAGUGUCUGCUCUUCCUCAACAUCCCCAGGUACUGUGCCGGCACCGUGCCCUGGGGCAACCCCGGAGAACAUCAGGACUUUGAGCCUCAGCGCCAUGACGACGGCUGCAUCGAGGUCAUCGGGUUCACCAUGACGUCUCUGGCCACGCUGCAGGUGGGCGGCCAUGGCGAGCGUCUCCACCAGUGUAAGGACGUGACGCUGACGACCUUCAAGUCCAUCCCCAUGCAGGUGGACGGCGAGCCGUGCCGCCUGGCGCCGUCCGUCAUCCGCAUCACGCUGAGGAACCAGGCCAACAUGGUGCAGAAGACCAAGAGGAGGGUCUCCAUGCCCCACCUCAACGAUCAGCAGCUGGUUCCUGAGAAGCUUCAGAUCCGAGUGAACAGGAUCAGCAUGGCGGCGUACGAGGCUCUGCACUACGACAAGGACCAGCUGAAGGAGGCCUCCACUCCUCUGGGAGUGAUCACUGUCCCUGGAGACAGCGACCUGGAGACCUGCCGCCUGCUGAUCGAGCGUCUCCACGACAACCUGGACCAGGAUGGAGACGCCAUGAAGGAAGACAGUCUGUCCUCGCACAAGUUGUCCAUGAAGUGGUGUUUCCUCGACUGUACGACCGCAGAUCGCUUCUACAGGAUCGACCGUGCUCAGGAGCACCUGAACUACGUGACCGAGAUCUCUCAGGAGGAGCUCUACAUCCUGGACCCGGAGCUGGUUGCCAAGGAGACGGUGGGCACGUCGCCCGGCAUGCCAGACCUGGUGGACUCCGAGGAGCACCAGGACCAGGACCAGAACCAGAACCAGAGACAGAGACAGUUCUCCUUCCCAUCAUCCCCCAAAUCCUCAGACUCCCCCAGGAUGAGAGACUUUCAGAGGAAGAGGAUUUCCAGCGACAGUUCGGUGGCUGAUGCUUUGUCCCAGAGCUCCUCUAAGACUACCCUCUGCAGGAGAGGGGCAAAGAUUCUCAGUGUGCAUCGCUCCGACACAACGCUGGCUGAUUUCAGCCCCGUCAUUAGCCCCUCCAGUGCUACCUCACACGACCCUGACAAAGACGCAGAGUUGAUCGACUGCAUCAAGACUGAAGACCUGAACCGACUGACGGAGCUGCACCAGCAGGGGGCGGACCUGCGUCUGCAGGACGCGGCCGGCUGCACGCUGCUGCAUCACGCUGUGGAGGCCGCCAGCAAAGACAUCCUCAAGUACCUCAUCGACAACGUGCCCACGUCUCACCUGGACGUCACGGAGAAGCAAACAGGAGAGACGGCGCUCCAUAAAGCCGCCUCCUUACGUCAGAGGAGCAUCUGUCACUUCCUGGUGGAGGCCGGGGCCUCGCUCAUGAAGACAGACCUACAGGGCGAGACCCCCAAACAUCGCGCGGAGAAAGCAGACGACCAGGAGCUGUCUGAGUAUCUGGAGAACCGCCAACAUUACCAGAUGAUCCAGAGGGAGGACCACGAGACGGCCGUCUGAAGUCCCAAAACAUCCGUCUGUCUUUAGGACGUUUUAUUUAUUUAAUGCUGCUUUCUCCUCUCAAACUUUAAAGCCAGAGUCGAAGGAGAAAAAGUGUGUUUUUAUCUCCAAAGACGGGGCAACAUGUCUGCUUCUUUUUCUCUGCUGUAAGAAGGGCGGAGGCCCGUAUACAUGAACAUUAUUAUUGUUCAUUUUGACCCCUUUUUUUUUCAACCUGGACCCUAUUCUCCCAUGUCUAAGUCUCAAAAGUGAACCAGGCUGUAAUGUAACCCUACAGGACUAAUGUUCAGCAGCAGUUAUUGUCCACUAAAAGUUCUGUUGUUGCUGCUGACAGACUCAGAUUAUUAUUCUAAGUA